GACAGAUUUUGUGGAUCAAACAAGUCCCCGGCGACGCUUGUCAACUUAACCACUGAAACAUAAACAAGUACAAGAAAAAAAACACCCAAGUACUAUUAUUAUGUUAAAUCCUGCUGGGUCUGAUUCAAAGUACUGAAAAACUACGUCGUUCUAUGGACUUUCCGAUGAUAUUCAGGCCACCGGCGACAAACCCACCUCAGACAACUUCCGGUUACUGUUGUACUAGUAAAGUUUUUGUGGGGUUACCGGAAAGAUUCAAGAAACGUGGAAAUGUUACCGGAAAAAGGGUGUUUAGAGUGAGAGCAACGAUGGAGAGAGAUGGGUUGGAUGCCGGAGAACGGACAACUGCCGGCGCCGGUGCCGGAAGUGGGUAUACAGGGUCUUCAGCUAUGGAAGUGACUACAUUUAAUCAAGGGUUUAGUUCAGAAACAGAGUUUCCUGUUUGGGAUAAAAUUGGUGCUGUUGUUAGACUUAGCUAUGGAAUUGGAAUAUAUGGCGCGAUGGCAUUUGCAGGGAACUUCAUAUGCUCAACAACAGGAAUUGAUAGCACGGGAGGUUACUCCCCAUCAUUAGACGCCAUUGUUCAAGGACUCGGAUAUGCUGCUCCUCCAAUUAUGGCCCUUCUCUUUAUACUAGACGAUGAAGUUGUGAAACUGUCUCCUCAUGCUCGUGCGAUACGGGAUGUAGAAGAUGAGGAAUUACGAAGCUUUUUCUAUGGAAUGUCACCAUGGCAGUUCAUAAUGAUCGUUGCCGCAAGUUCUGUUGGUGAGGAGCUAUUUUACCGAGCUGCUGUUCAGGGUGCAUUAGCAGAUGUCUUUUUAAGGGGAAAUGAUCUAGUGGCAAACGCAAAUGGAAUGGCUGCACUGACGGGCGUGCUGCCUCCAUUUGUGCCAUUUGCCGAAGCAUUUGCAGCAGUUAUCACAGCUGCUCUUACGGGUUCACUUUAUUAUGUAGCUGCAUCUCCAAAAGAUCCAACUUAUGUUGUAGCACCAGUUUUGAGUUCUCGUUCUGGUCGUCAAGAAAUGAAGAAGCUUUUUGCAGCCUGGUAUGAAAGAAGACAAAUGAAGAAGAUAUAUUCUCCAUUACUUGAAGGACUUCUAGCUCUUUACCUUGGAUUUGAAUGGAAUCAGACAAACAACAUCUUAGCACCCAUCAUCACGCACGGGAUUUACUCUGCAACAAUUCUGGGACAUGGGCUUUGGAAGAUACAUGAUCAUAGAAGAAGACUACGCCAGCGAGUCCAGCAGCUUAAUCUCGAGGAAAAGAGUUCAAGAAAUUUCUGAUUUAGCCUAUAGUCUUAAUGGUAAUAGAAAUCAUCUUUUUUGGCAACAACAUGAUUGUAUAUAUAAAAACAACUAUACUAUGCUAUAUCAUAUACAAAGAGACCAUCUUCGCGACUGUCUCUAUGAUGUUAGACAUUUAUGACCCCAAAGGUUUAAAACCGGUGGUCAUUAGUCAUUAUUAUGUUACUAUAGAAGCUUCCAUUUACCGGUUUCUUUUGUUAUGUA